GAAGCAGCAGAACUCACAGAGUUGCAGCACCAAAAGGAGCACAGAAGAGCAUUGAGACCAUGAAGUAUCCACUCCUCUUGUUGGGAUUCCUGGGCGUGGCCCAUGGCCUGGCCCUGUACGCGGCCUCCUAUCCGUUCGUCUACUCCGCCGGCGGAUCGGCUGUGUUCACGCCCACGCAGCAGCAGUACAUCUCGCAGGACGCACUUGGCCAGUACUCCUAUGGCUACGCAGAGCCGCACUCAUCCAAGCAGGAGACCCGCACCCUGGACGGCACCACGCGGGGCACCUACAGCUACCGCGAUGCGGCAGGCAAACUCCAGACCGUCGACUACUUGGCCGAUGCGCAGGGCUUCCAUGUGGCGGCCACCAAUCUGCCCAAGGCUGUCAUUCCCCGGGAGCUGGUGAGCGGCAGGAGUGCCGCCUCCCAUGGUGUAGUGCAUCCCGUGGCUGCCCAUCAUCAUCCCGUGGAGCACCAUGGCGGACACAUCGUGGAGCAUCCCUCAUCCCCGGUGGGCAGUGGCCAUUCUGGCCACGUUGAGCAUCAUCCAGUUGACAUCUCUGGCCGGAGUGCUGUGCAUGGCGUGGCUGGCGCCCAUCCCGAAGCUGUUCACCAUCCCGAAGAGCAGCAUCCCGUCGAGCAUCAUGCCGUGGUGCAUCCAUCUGGUCAUGUGGUGGAGCAUCCCUCUGUGGCUGGCACUGGCAGAGGUGCUGUGCAUCCCGAGGGCCACGAGCUCCCGCAACCCGUUGGCGACAUCCCCGAACAUCUGAAGCACCUCCACGACGAGAAGGUACACAUCGCAGUGCCAGCAGUGCCGGUGCCAGUGGCAGUGGCCCGCAGCCACCAUGUGGUGGUCCCUGCCGCCGUUUACGGCUACACUCGGCCCCACUAUUACUCCUCCGGUUUCUACUACUGAGUGGCAGUACACAGUGAGGCAUUCCGUGCCUCGUUCCUCGAUUUCCAAAUUCAAAUAAACUCAAAAUAAAGUCAA